AUGACGUCCCUUCUGCUGCUUUCGCAAGUGAGCAACAACAACAAGGCGGGCGUUUCGUCGGACGGGAAGAGGAGACGGAUCGAUGAUGAGGAGUACGAGAGAUCUCGGUGGUUUCGAUUCGAGGGUAGCGCCAGAGGCCAUGGUGGUGCCCGUCAAAACAGAGGCCGUGGAUCGUACAGAGGAGAAGUCGAGCAAGGUGAGAAGAAGCGAAUGACUUUGGAUUUGAGCGAACUGAAUAAGAGCUUGGCUCCUCCUCCUCACUUCAAGUUAGAGAACCUUAAAACGGCGUGGCCCUUUAUAGAAAAAGCGAGGUUCGCCGCCACGUUUGACUUUAAGUCGAGGUAUCACCAUAUAAAGAUUCAUGAGAAGUCGCAAGACUUGUUAGCCUUUUCUUUAGUAAAUCCACCCGAGGCCCCAUACUUCAUGUUUAGAGCAUUACCUUUCGGGUUGGCUACGGCCCCUUGGUUGUUCACAAAAAUCUUUAAGACACUAGUGCAUAAGUGGAGAGAGGGGGGAAUGGAAGUGAUUCUUUAUUUGGAUGACGGCCUCAUCCUAGGCGAACAGCACGAGAAGUGGAAGAGGCGGUAGAAGUGGUGAGAAAAGACCUGGAAGAGGCGGGAGUGUGUGUGGCCGAGGAGAAAUCCGUUUGGACGCCUUCGCCAGUGUUCACUUGGCUAGGAUACAGAUGCGAUCUGAUCGCGAGAGAAGUCCGUGGGACUGAGAGAAGGAUAACCACGUGGCGUGGGGCUCUGGAGGAGCUGAGGAGGAGCCCGGCUCCGUCGGUCCUGGACCGAAUGAAGUUUCUCGGAUGCCUGGCAUCAUUUGAGAUCGUUGCAGGAGACGAAGGCGUGGCGAGAGCGCGGCAUCUGAUGCGGACGGCCGGCGAGGCUCAGCAAAAGAACGUGGCGACGGCGACGAGGAAGAGAAAGUCGGAAGGUGAGGAGAGAGAACUACGAUUCUGGGAAGAAAGAGGCGAAGAAGUGUUAAGAAGACAAAUAGAGGAGAAAGAGCCGGAAUUCGAGUGGUUUCUGUACACGGACGCUUCGGCAAAAGGAAUUGGCGCGGUGCUGAAGGAUAAGAAAGGAGAGACAGUCUGGAAGAUGACAGAGAGAGGAGACGCGGAAUUUGAGAAGGAAUCGAGUGCGAUGAGAGAGCUGCGGGCCGUAGAGUGGGCCACAGCCAAGCUAGGAAGGGAGAUAGAAGGGAACAUCCAGGUGCUAGUGGAUAGUCAGGCAGCGGUCAGCAUUCUGAGGAGAGGCUCCAUGAAGACAGAGUUGCACGCAAUUGCGGAGAAAGUGUGGGAGCAUCUGUAUGGUGUGGGAGAAAGCGUUUUCUUGUGGAUUCCGAGGGAACUGAACUGUGAAGCAGACGAGGCAAGCAGAAAUUUUGAUUUCGAUGAUUGGGGAGUGAAAGAGAGGGUUUUUCACCUUGCACAGAGACUGUGGGGGAAGCUGGAAGUUGACUGGUUCGCGGAUGCGAAGAACAGAAAGACGAGAUUGUUUUUUCCAGAUAUCCGGAACCGGGCACCAGUGGCGUCGACGUUUUCGAUCACAUCGGACGAGCGAGGAGAAUGGGAUCUUCUUGGUGGGUGCCCCCACCAAUACUCAUCCCGAAGUUAAUGGGAGUUGCCCGAAAAAGAGCGUUUGCGAGGGGUCCUAGUGGCGCCAGUCUGGAAAAGCCAUCCGUCUUUCCAGGCCCUAGUGGAUCGUAGAGGAAAAUUCAUCGGGGCAAUCAAAGAUUACCUAAUAUAUGAGAAAAACGACGAUAUCUUCGUGUCAGGAGAGGGAUCUAGGUUUUGUGAAGCUACCAACUCAAAAUAUUGUGGAUCGAACUUCAUUCUAGCUUUAGUAGAUUUUAAUUAGAGCAGGCCCCGGGCUUUGCAUUUGGUUUCUACCUAACUUAUUACCGAAACACCUACUUGUUGAAUGAAGGCUGCAAUAUGAAACUUUCCUUUUUCGAAGUGAGGAAUCAGAAAAACAUAUUCUCUAGAAGCGCAGCGAAAAGAGAAUACUAUGUUUUUCGUUGACAAACGGAGAAAAAGGCGCGCGCAGCGACCGAAAGUUAAAGGCGCACAGACUUUUGAGGUGGCGCGGGUCUCGAAGCGAAAUGAAAGAACGGUCGCGGCAGGCGGGAUUUUUAUUCGAAAUGUCAUUCUACGGAAUUUGGAAGGUUCCCGGCCCACCCACCCAACUAAACGAAAGAAAUCAAGUGUCAAAUUGUUGCAGAAGGCGCAAAACGACAGUACGUGAAGGAUUUGGAGGCGCAGGCGGGGAAGCAGCUGAAACACCUUGUCGACGUGCUGAAAGUGGCGCCGUACGAGUCAAAGGCCACGUCUACUGCGAGGGCAUAUCGCGCGGAAAAUGUGAAACGAAACGUUUGGACCGAGAAGAUGCAGCUGCCGAAGAACGAGUCAACAUUCCUGCUCUACCUGAUGGAGAGAGGGACGAAGAUCGGAAGCAGCGCGCUGUCGAAGAUCUCGGCGGCGUAUCAAGCGGCAAACGAUAGGAUUUCCAAGAUUGGAGCGGCUUUCGUGGCGGACGUCAUCAAGAUGAAGAGAAGGCUCGAGAUUCCGUUGAAAAAGAAGCCAGUCGAGGUGACUUUGGAGGAUGUCGAAAAGAUCACACAGUUGGCGAUGCAGUCAAACAGUCCGGCGGGCGAUCGGGAUGCCUUGCUGGUGAUUCUGUCGUUCCAUGUGAUGUUGAGGGCGUCUGAGGCGGCGGAGAUCAAGUGGGACGGUGUCACUCAAACAGGAGAUCUGAUCGAGGUAAUCGUUGAGAAGGCGAAGAACGAUCAGAUGGCUCUGGGACGUCGAUCGUACUUCAACUACAAACCGGGCAGCGACGCGGAUAUUCUGACGUGCAGGUGGCGACUCAGAAGCAAGAAGAAGACGUGCGAGUACGUGUUUUCGAAAUUAGAGGGAUCCAAACGUCUGUCGAAGCAAUCGAUCUCGGCCCUGGCUUCGAAGAUGCUCAAGGCGAUCGGGAAAACGGAAGCGACGCACCACGGAUUCAGACGAGCUGGAGCGAACUACUUGCGAGCGAAAGGACUUUCGAUGGAGGAGGUGCGGUGCAGAGGACGUUGGAGAUCAGCAGAGGGACUACAGAGGUACUUGAAGGACAUCCCGGAAGCCCAAGGAUGCAAUUCAACGGACAACGGAGCUGGAAGGGAAGCGGACGAGUCCGAAUCGGACGAAGAAUGA